AUGGCCGAGCCGCCGAUGCCAGACCUCUCGCACCUCAGCGCUGAGGAACGCCAAAUUAUUGAGGAGGUGUUCCAACGUCAACGCGCAGAGGAAGAAAAAGAGACACAACUUAGCCAAAAAGCCGACCAAGAGCUGGAAGCAAUAGAGAGACAAAUCAACGAGAGAAAAGAGACUGCUCAAAGGCUGGUCGGUACACAAGAUGAUGCGAUCUGUCAAAUUUGUCAAAAAACCAAAUUUGCUGAUGGAAUCGGUCAUAAGUGUUUUUAUUGUCAAUUAAGGUCAUGUGCCAGAUGUGGUGGAAGGACGACAAGUAAGAAUAAGCCAAUAUGGGCAUGUUCGCUGUGUCAGAAACGACAACAGAUUCUCGCAAAAACUGGUAAAUGGUUUCAACAAGGUAUGGCUGCCGAUGAACAUCGAGGAGCAGGAGGAACAUCGACGAGUCCGGCUGAUCUGAGGUACGUGCGUUCCUCUUCUUCUCCUCAUCAUUAUUUUCAUAAAACAAAUCGUCUGAUUUCCUCCUAA